AUGGGGCUUCUAUUCACACUCCUUUUCCUCUCCCCUCUCUUCCCCUUCUCCCCAGCCUCCGCCGCCGAGCUCAAGACCACCCGCCGCGCCCUUGCCGGUGCCGCCAAUUGCAACAUUUUCCGCGGUAAAUGGGUGUACGACGACUCCUACCCUCUCUACGACUUCUCAUCGACGACCAGUUUAAUUGCCUCAAAUACCGCCGUCCCGAUCGGAAUUACCUCAAGGAUAUUUGCUUUGUUGGCAUUUACUUUGGAAUUCAUGGCGACGGCCACAGUGGGGGUGGCGCCGGAGAGGAUACUGGGGGCGGUGGGGGAGCUGGCAAAGGCGAUCGGGACGGAAGGGCUGGUGGCGGGGCAGGUGGUGGACCUCAACUGCACCGGCGAAGCUAAUGUAGGAUUAGACACGUUGGAAUUCAUACACAUUCACAAAACUUCCGCAUUGCUAGAGUCCUAUGUAGUUUUGGGGGCUAUCUUGGGAGGUGGAAGCAACGAUCAAGUCGAGAAAUUAAGAACUUUUGCUAGGAAAAUCGGUCUGCUCUUCCAAGUUGUGGAUGACAUUUUGGAUGUUACAAAGUCUUCGGAGGAGUUGGGAAAGACGGCCGGGAAGGACUUGGCCGUCGACAAGACUACAUAUCCGAAGCUGCUGGGGCUCAAUAAGGCGUUUGAGUUUGCCGAGAAGCUCAACGAGGAGGCCAAGGCGCAACUGUCUGACUUCGAUCCACUCAAGGCAGCCCCGCUAUCCGCACAGGCGGAUUACAUUACUCAUAGGCAAAAUUAG